AUGCAAGGGGCACUCGCUGACGAACGCGAAGCCCAACCAGACAAGAUUGUUGUCGAUGAUGUCGAACUGAGUCUUGACAGCACCCUGUCAGUGCUUCGCCGUGCAUGCCAGAGCCUUGGUGUCGGGAAAUCAGGCUCGAAAGCCGUGGUGUUCCGUAGGCUGUGCAACCAGCUUGACAGGCUUAAGCUGAUUGAGGCUAGUCGCGCCGCUGAGGUUCCGAAUGCACCUGUGCCCAAUGUGCCGGCAGCUCCGAAGGAGCCCACACCAGAGCAACGACGAGCCCACGAGGCUGUGCACGCCCCAUAUGAAGCAUGGUGCCAGCACUGCGUGGCCUUUAAAGCAAGGGAUGACAUGCACAAAGCUGCCAAUACUGAUCGCAAAUUUCCUGUGAUAUCCUUCGACUACGGCUUCACUGGCCGAUCGGAGGAGGAUGGCCCUCACAACAAGCUUGCCUUUCUGUGUCUUCACGAUUCUGAGAGUGGCUGGCGAGAGGCCAUCCCGGUGCCAGGCAAGGCAGGCGUGCAUGAUGGGAUCAAUGUCACCAGCUACCUUGCUGCUGAGAUUUGCAGGUUGCUUAGCAUGCUAGGCUACUCCAAAGUUGUGCUUCAAUGCGACCCCGAGCCCACAUGCUUGAAGUUACGCAAUGAGGUGAGGCGCAUGCGGCUACAGCUGGGUUUGCAAACUGAUGUGCAGCAGUCAGCUGAGGAAAGCCACCAAUCCAAUGGAGGUGCCGAGGUUGCCGUGCAAACGCUGCGGCAGCAGUGCAACACUCUGCUCUCGAUGUACGAAGCAGAGACCAAGCUUAAGGUCGCAACGGCCCACGCUCUCCAUUCAUGGUGCCUCCGGCAUUCUUCUUGGAUCCUGAACAGAUUUGUGCUGCGACCCGGAGGGCUUACUCCUUUCGAGAUCAUACAUGGCCGUCCUUACAAAGGGAAAGUGCUACCGUUUGGCGAAACUGUGAUGGGAUUGGUUUCUCCCGGGCCCAAGGGCAAACCGCGGUUCAUCCAGGCCAUCAUGAUCGGAAAGUGCACUCCGAAUGAUGAGUUCAUCUUGUGUUCUGGAGCCGGCAAGCUCAUGUUGGCCCGCACCGUGCGCCGGCUUGCCACUGGCUUCACUCCAGCCUUGCACGACUGUGUCCGUGAUCCUCCUUGGAUGACCCCGAUGGUCAUCGUUCCGGUGAGGCUGCUGCUCCCGCUGUUGCUACAGGUGAUCCUUUGGUGCAAAGCAGUGCCGGUUCUGCUGAUUGCAGCCGCAACUGUGUGCGGUGUGGAGUACCACCAUGCCGACGAGGAUUCCGAUCUUGCAUUCUCCCUAGCGGACAUUGAAAGCAUCAAUGAUCUUGACGGCCUGUGUUCAGAUGAUGAAGAGGAGGAGUGUGAGCAAGGCCUUGCCCCUCCUGAUGAGCUUUAUCGGCCCUUCUCACCACAUGAGCCUGCCCUGAGCCCCGAGGAGCUUGCUGAUCUUGAUGCACUGUGCGACCACCACGAGAUAGCUCGGCUCAAGGCAAUGGGUGUGAUCUACCAGCCUGAGUCAGGCAAUGAGAACUGCAAGUCAUUGACGGUGAAGUUCGUUCGCUUGUACAUGUCUCGCAAGGGGUAUGCCCUGUUGUCCUGUGAUAUAUCAGACGCCUACUUGACUUGCGAGCAGCCGUGCCCGACCGUGGUGACGCUCCACGGCACUACGUACCGUUUGGCAUUUAUGCUACCGGGGCAGCGGGAUGGUUCAGCGGUCUGGUUUUCCACCUUCACCAAGAAUCUGGUUUCGGAGGGCGGAGUUUCGUUGUGGCCCGGAUGCGAGGCGCUGUUUGCUAUGCGCAACCACUCCGGCGAAGGCGACAGCUUGCACUUCUUGAAGCGCAAACACACUUUGGCCCGCCAGGAUCUGCUUUGCAUUCAGAAAGCUGACAAACACAUCAUGAAACUUGUUGAGCUUUUGCAGCUUGAGCGCCAUUCCCCGAAGCCCACUCCGUUGCCAUUGCAGACACUUGAUUUGGCCAAGUCAGAGCCUCUCCCAGAGGAUCAGGUGUCGGUUUACAGGUCGUGCAUCGGGAUUCUGAUGUACAUCUCUGCGGACACUGCCGAUAUGCAACAUUCCAUUCGCAUGCUCUCCCAGCACCUUGCCUGCCCAACCGAGGCUUGUAUGAAGGCCCUCAAACACCUGGUUCGAUAUGCUAAAUCAACCAGCGGGUUUUGCCUUGGGCUGGAGCGCACGCAUGCAGGACAUGGCACCAGAGUCCAGUGUGAUACCGGCGCCGACGUGCUGGAGCUGUACACAGACUCCGACUGGGCUUCAGAUCACACCACACGCCGGAGCGUGAGCGCUGGGGCCUUGUACUUGAAUGGGAAUGCGAUUUAUACGGCGAGCCGCACGCAACGAGUCGUAGCUAUGUCAAGCUGCGAGUCGGAGCUCAAUGCCCUUGUGUCUUUUGCAGUCGACUUGAUGUAUGUGAAGGAGGCCCUGCGGUUCAUUGUUGGAGCCCUGAAGGAUGGAGCAUUCAAGCUCCACCCGGUCGGGACCCUUGACAACUCUUCGGACUUGAUGACCAAGGUGCUUAAGCGUGAGCGAAUGCUGUACUUGAUGUACCUCUUGAAUAUCAGGGAUGGUGAUGCUCAGUUCAAUCGCGUCGGAGAGGCCCAGGCCGUUGCUCGUGACAACAACCUGCCCUUGAAGCUUGCGGUUAAGGCAGUGAAAGCAUUCAGGGGACCCCCGCAACGGGUGCAUGCGCUCCUGCAAGCGCUGACCUUCAUGUCCUUGAUCGAUGCCAAUCAGGCACGCAUGCUUGACUCCGAGAGCCGUCCGCAUGUGCUUGAAAGCGCCUUGAGCGGUUGCGGAUUCAUCCUUGUGUGCAUCGGAUGCCUCGCGGUGCUAUGCAUGAGCCUGCAGGGUUGCCAAGCUGAGAUUGCAGAUGAGCUCCCCGACCCAUGGGUUGUAUGGUUCACCCUAAUCGUAGGAUUCCUCAUAGGUCUAGGGUUUUGGUUUGUGUUGCCAAGUGCCGAGCUGCAGCAACAGAUGCCUUGUGAACCCGACGACGCCACCACACCUGCUUGUGACGACGACGCGCCGACCUUGAGCGAUGACAUUCCUUCAGAUGGUGAGCUUGCGCAAACACCCGAUGUGACCAGAGCAUCCUCUGAUGAGCCGCUGUCAGAGCCAACGCAGAGCGAUGAUGGGGCAGGCGAUGGCAACAGCCACCCUGCUUCACCCACUGCCCAUGAUCCGAUCGACGAGCCUGAGAACCAUGCCUUGGCAGCAGUGCCGAUUGCAGUUGUUGAUCCUCCUGGAUUCCCUGCUGCUGUCGAUCAGCUGCUUGUGUAUCAUGCGCCGAUCUCUGGGCGCAGAUGGCAUGUGUUCCGAGGGUGUUGGGGUUUAAGUAGAGCUGCUGUCAUUGCUGAAGAAGAGCUUGGUGUGCUUUUGCGACGUGAUCCCAGAAUCACGAUGUGCUUGAUCUGCAUGAACCGAGUUCGCAAUGACUUGCGAUUCCCAAUGCUUCGGAUUACCGAUGAAGCCGACAAUCCACGCCGUGAACACCCCGAACCCGAGCCUUUCCAGUAG